AUGGACUGGAACUUGAAGACACCUUCUUGGGAUUUGACUGAAUUGGAGACAGAAGCCAUUCCCAACAUAGAUGUGGUUGGUGGGACAAGCAGCCCUGGAGUACAUAAGACUAGAGGGGAUUUUUCCAUUGAUUUGAAGCUUGGUCAAGUCAGUAAUCCCAACAGUGACUUUGCUAAUAAGUUGAAGGAGCAAAAAUUUUCGAGUAUUGCCUCUCCAUUGCCUUCACGAUCAUCAAAGAGGGCAAGAGCCACUAACAAUGGAAUCCAGACUGUUUCUUGCCUUCUUGAUAGGUGCAAUUCAGACCUUAGUAAUUGCAAAGAGUGCCAUAGGAGGCAUAAGGUCUGUGAGCUCCAUUCUAAGACCGCCCAAGUCACAAUUGGUGGCCACACAUAG